UUUAGAGUGAAUCGGUUGAUUCUUUUAAAAUUUAGUUUUAAAAUAUUUGGUUUUACAUUUUUAGAUUCAAAAACACGUGGCUCAUGAACAUGAUCGCCAUGCGUUUUUUCGCUGUGCUAUCUUUUUCAUCUGUUUUAGCUGUAGCUGUAGCCCAAUCUGAUUCAACCGAUUCAACUUCGGAGGACACAACUUUAACAGCGGAAGCGUCAAGUCUGACUACUGAGGCAGAAAAAACGUCACCAGAGGCAUCAACAAUGAUCAAAAAAGUUGUGUGUCCAAUGCCAACACAUUCUGAGCUUGCCGCCAAUAAUCUAGCAAGGUUCAAAUUAGAGAGGAUCGAUUGGAACUUAUGUACACAUGUCGUCAGUGGCGAUGAGAGAGGAAAUGGAGAUGCAUGGAAUUUGAAACCUGAUAACGCUUACAAACAGUUGACGUACUUAAAACAAACUUAUCCACACUUGAAAAUCAAUUUUGGCAUCCGUCGCACUUUAGUCGAGUAUUUGGAUAUUACAAGCGAUCCAACGCAUCAGCGAGGAAUCAUUGAUAGGCUGUAUGAAUUUAUUGCAUACAAUAAUUUCGAUGGAAUUAAUUUGCAGUUAGAAGAUAUAGAGGAAAGCAAUAUUUCACCAGAAGAAUUUGAUAGAAUCGUUUCAUUCGUAGCCGCUUUCAAAGCAAAAUUGGAAAAUAGACAGUAUUUGCUAACCGUGUCUUUUACCGUUUCAGAAAGUUUUGACUUUAAACGUUUUGAUUUAGCAGCACUGUCAAACUCAGCGGAAUUUAUUACUUUCGUACCGAAUUAUAAGCCAUCUAAGGAUGGUUUUAAAGUAAACGACGCCAAAGAGUCACUAAAAAUCUCAUAUGUUCAAGAUAAGAUAGAGAAAUUGGCAGAGGCAGGUGUGUGUCUAUCAAAAGUUGUAAUGGGUAUUCAUUUCAUGGGGUUCGGCUUCACCACGAAACCUGAUGGCAGUGACGAUGAUACGACAUUUGAUAGAAUGCAUCGAUAUAAUGAAUUGGAGCUGUGUAAUAUUAAGAAAUGGACAACAACCCACAAAGACUCCAGUUUAACUAUUCGGACAAAAACUACAAAUGAUGGAAUUGUUGUAAUGGAAAAUACACGUGCGAUUGCAAACAAGGUUCGAUUUGUAAUAAGCCACGGUUUGACUGGUGUUACACCUAUCUAUGCGCCAUUCGAUGAUUUUUUCGGCUUACACGAAAUUGAUCCAGAUACAUUUGAAGAUUUCAAGGCUGAUGGCAUUGUUUUUAAAAUUAAACAAUUAAGUGGGCACAAACAUCCACUCCUUCGAACAAUCAAUCAAGCAUUUGAUUUGACUUUCGAUGAAUGUGCGCAAAAAGCUGAACUUAAAAAAACAACGAUAGAAGAUGCUAUCACAACUACGGACACGAUAGAAGUUUCAACUUUGGAGGGCGCGACACCACCAACGGAAGCAUCAAGCUGGACUACUGAGGUACAAACCGCGUCACCGGAAGAUCCGAGUGUUUCGACAACUGACUCAAUCCCAGAGUCAACCGACCCAGCUUCGGAGGACACAACCUCAACAACGGAAGCAUCAAGCUGGACUGCUGAGGCACAAACCACGUCACCGGAGGAUCCUUGUAUCUCGGCCACUGACUCAACUUCAGAAUCGAUAGAAGAUUCGACUUCGGCGGAAAUAUCAUCGAGCACCGAGGAUAUCACAAUUCCGAAACCAUACAUCAAAGCGCACGACAAAAAGGUUGUGUGUCCAGUGUAUACAAAAUCUAAUGCGAUCUUGAAUAAAAUUUCAUUCGAUUUCGAAAAGGUCGAUUGGAGCAUGUGCACACAUGUCAUCAGUGUGGCUGAGACAGAAGAAGAUCCAUGGGAAUCAAAUAAUGAGUUCUUGCAGGAAGAUCUUAAGCAUUUGACAGAUUUAAAACAGAAAAAUCCUGAUCUCAAAGUUUUAAUGGGCGUUCGUCGCAGUUUGACCAAAUACUCGGAAAUUGUCAAAAAUCCAAGUCAAUUAAGAAGAAUCCUACAGAAUUCUCGUGACAUCAUUCUGAAACAUAAAAUGAACGGAAUGAAUUUACAACUUGAUGAUAUUGCGCUUAGUACGAAUCGGUUAUAUCUGUUUGAUAAAUUUGUGCAAUUUGUUGCGGCGCUGAAGACAAGUUUCGAGGAGUCUAAUCUCUUGCUAACAGCAACGAUUAACAUACCGGAAACUUUUAAUCAUGCAAAAUAUGACUUUGAAAAAUUAUCGGAAUCCUUGGAGUUCAUGAAUGUUGUACAUCAAUAUACGCGGCCAACGGUUACAUAUAAAAUUGAUGAUGCGACAAAAUCGUUGGAAAUCUCAAAUGAUAAGGCAAAGUUGGAGAGGAUGCUUGGAACAGGUGUGGCAUCGGAGAAAGUUGUAUUGGGGGUACAUUUUACGGGGCCAGCUUUCGCUUUAACAGCCUAUGGUAAAGAGUAUGACGCUGAAUUCCAGAACAUACACGGAUAUGGAUCUAUUUGUAAAGCUCAAUCGACUCAGCCAGAGAGGUGGGAAAGAUCCUACACAAAUACUCGUGUUCCUAUCUUAAGAAAAACUGGAAACGUUAAUUUGGUUAUUGCCAUUGAGAAUUCACGUUCAAUUGCAAACAAGGUGCGAUUAGCAAUUAAAUAUGGCUUAGGUGGUAUUGCACCAAAUUCCAUUGUGUAUGACGAUUUUGACGGCAAAUGCGAUGUUUAUGAUACAUUCGAUGAUUUUAUACCGAAGGAGGGAAUUCUUUUGGAUAUUCCACAACGAACAGGAAAUUCAAUUCCACUGCUUCGCACCAUUAAUGAAGCGAUCAGUUUGACAUUGGACGAAUUAAAACAGGAGGUGAACAUAAGUCAAGUUUCUGAAACAACCAGUACCACUACCUCUACCACCACGCCAGAAACAACAACAGGAUCCACCAGUACAGAUGCGACAAUCCCAGAUGAAACAACAACCUCAGGAAGCGUGUUUACAGACGCGACAAUGCCGGAAACAACUAUAGGAACCACUAAUAUGACCAUGACCAUGACCAACACAGAAACAUCAACAAAUAUCACAACGAAUUCAACUCAAGCGUCUAGAUCAGCCUAUCAUUUCACCAGCAGCUCUUGCUUGACAAUUUUAGUAUUAUUUGUCACAUUGAUAUCAUGAUGAUAUUAUUAUCUAGGGCAUCAAUUUAAGUGAAAUAUUCGAAACUUCAUUAAAACCCAUAGAAAUGUAAACUAACUCACAUUUUAGUAAAUAAAGAAAUACCUAAAUGUAGCUUCAUACAAAUAA